AUGCACGUUUGGAUCGUGUGCCUACUCGCUCUGCUGGCGCUUGUGCAGGCCAAGGAGCCGCCGACGGAGCUGCGUAUUGGUGUCAAGGCGCGCCCGGCGACGUGUGACGUCAAGUCGCACGACGGCCACGAGCUGCUGAUGCACUACUCGGGCUACCUGUGGGACGGCAAGAAGUUUGACUCGUCGCUGGACCGCAACCAGCCAUUCUCGUUCACCCUCGGUCAGGGCAUGGUCAUCCAGGGCUGGGACAGGGGCCUGCGCGACAUGUGCGUGGGCGAGAAGCGCAAGCUGCAGAUCCCCCCGCACCUCGGGUACGGCGCUGCGGGCGCGGGCGGUGUGAUCCCGCCGAACGCCGCUCUCGUCUUCGACGUGGAGCUCUUGCAGAUCCGCGACCCGCGCACGGGCGCCACGACGGGCGCCCGCCACGAUGAGCUUUAG